AUGUUUCCUUUGAAUUCGAUAGUAAGGGUUUCCAGGAGUCAGCCCGGUUUCUUCGCUAGACUCACACUACGCUGUAAUUCAACGAGUGUAGCGGCUGUUCAUGGUACGAGUGGUUCAGUGGAGUUGGAUCUAUAUAUGAAUCCUUCCAAAUGGAAAAAUGUACCACCACAGAAGAUAAUCGAUCUCUAUUGGGAAAGAAAGACGAAAUUGGGCACCACGUAUGAGAGGUGUGAAGAGGAAUUGGAUGCUUUAAUUUCAACUUCAGACUAUACUGGUGUCUCUAAGGAUGACAUUAAGAAACUUUACAACGGUGACAUAGAUGAAUUUCAGAAUAUAAUUGGGCGAGAUGCUUUGAAGUACGGUUUAAGGCCCUUCCAGUUUGAUGAAUUACCAUCUCCGGCAAUGGAUAUGGUACAUGAUCAACGUGAACAGAGAUUUUAUAAUAGAUUAGCUGCCUAUGAACUUCCAUUAUUGGUACAGUAUAGACAACCCUAUAAACCGAUCAAUGAACAAACACAUCCUGUGGUAUAUCGAUAUACAACUUACGCUGGUGAAGAGCAUCCCAAUUCUAAGAAGGUUAGUAUAACUUUGAAGACAAGGAAUUUGGGAUUAAACGAUAGAGAAUUGCAUAAGUUUCGUCUACUAGCCAGGACUAGAUACGAUCACGAAACUGACACUUUCAAAAUGUCAAGUGAAAAUUUCCCUGAAGCAGCUCAAAAUGCCAAAUAUUUGAAUGAUAUUUUACAACGAUUACUGAAAGAAGCCAAAGACAUGACAGAUGAUUUUAGCGACGUUCCUUUAGAUACAAGACACACAGUUGCUAAAAACUUACGCAAAAAAUCUCACAAAUAUGAAUUUCCUGAAAAAUGGAAACGUCCGGAAGAUGCACCACCAAGAGAAAGAAACUUGAUGGAAAAAGUCAUUAACAGUAAUUCCUAA